AUGAAGUUUUCUCCAGAAAGCUUGAUUUGUCGGCUUCUUCUUCUUCGAGUCUCCUCACGCACUUCAAUAAGUCUCAUGAUCCGUCUACUGAAAUGCGCUAACGAAGCCGUUUCAAAACUGCAGCUGUCUUCGUCGUCUCCAUCAGCAAAAAUGGCACAACAACCUGUAACGAAAGAGCACACAUUAUCUGUCCCUGACUGGUCUCUUCUCCCUCAAGAGCUACUGCAGAUUAUCUCCUUGAAGCUCGGGUUUCAAAAUAUCUGCAGAAAUAUAAACCUGGAUACAGCUCUACGACAAUUGUUUCACUAG